ACCCUUGAUGAAAAGGUGAAAAUCCUAGGACUCAAUUAGCAGUUAAAAGGCAUUGCGAAAACAACUAAAUAAGUCGUUGGGACUAAGCUGAUAUACACAGAGCCAUAAUACAGCCGGCAAAGGAGCAAAUCAAAAUCAUAUCAAGUUUGCUGGUGCUUAUGGGCAUAAGAUGGCCAAGGAUUCUAACGCCGAAGCAGCUCUCACAAAUAAUACAGAGCCAGAAGAACCCACUAAAAGCGCUUCAAAUUUUUGAAGAAGCAAAAUGCAAGUAUCCAACUUACCGUCACAAUGGUCCUGUCUAUGGAACUAUGAUUAAUAUUUUAGGCAGAUCAGGUAGAACAACUGAGAUGAAGAGAAUAAUUAAUCAGAUGAAAGAGGACUCGUGUGAGUGUCAUGACACAAUAUUUGUGAACGCCAUUAGAAGCUAUGCACAAGCUGGAUUAACAAACGAAGCCAUUUUUCUUUUUAAGUCUCUUCCGGAGUUCAAUUGUAUAGAAUGGACAAGAUCUUUGAAUACUCUUUUGGAGAUAUUGGUCAAAGAAUCUAAGCUAGAAUAUGUUUAUCAGCUAUUCCUUGAGUACUCUUGUGGAUGGGAAGUGAAGUCUCGGCCUCAUUUCUUGAAUUUGUUGAUGAAUGUUCUUUGUAGAUUGAAACGUUCAGAUCUUGCAUUGCAUAUUUUCCAAGAGAUGAGUUACCAGAAUUGCUAUCCAAACAAAGAGAGUUAUAAGAUCUUGAUGAGGGGCCUGUGUGAGGAAAAGCAGCUCAAUGAGGCUACUCAUCUGCUGUACUCAAUGUUCUGGAGGAUAUCUCAGAAGGGAAGUGGUGAAGAUGUUGUUGUAUAUCGAACUCUAUUGGAAGCAUUGUGUGAUAAUGAAGAAGGGGAGGAGGCCAUACAAAUUCUUGGUAAGGUAUUGAGAAAAGGACUUAAAGCUCCUAAAAGAUGCUACAAGCAGAUUGACCUUAUUCAUUGCCAGAAUGGUGCAGAUACAGAAGCUAUGAAAGUUUUGAUUAAUGAAGCUCUGAUAAAAGGCAUGAUUCCCAGUUCAGAUAGCUACAGAGCAAUGGCUGUUGACUUUUAUGCCGAAGGCAAGAUUGAUGAAGGUGACAAAGUGCUCAAGGAAAUGCAUGACAGAGGCUUCAACCCGUCAGCGGCGAUUUAUGAAGCAAAGGUAGCUGCUUUGUUCAGGGAUGGCCAGGUUGACGAGGCAAUUAUGGUCAUUGAUUGUGAGAUGGUGCAAAAAAACUGUGUUCCAAAUAUUAGAUUGUAUAAUGCAGUUAUAAAAGGCCUAUGCCAUGAAAGAAAAUCUACUUCUGCUGUUAAGUAUUUGGAAAGGAUGUCUAGACAAGUAGGUUGCGUGCCAAACUAUGAGACUUAUGAAACUUUGGUAGAUGGGUUAUGUAAAGAUGGUAAAUAUAUUGAAGCAAGCAAGAUAAUGGAGCAAAUGUCAAUCAAUUCCUUUUGGCCUAGAGUUGGAACUUUGAAUUCUCUUAUCCAAGGUCUUUGCCAAGUAGGUGAUAUACACAGUGCAAUGAUGUGUUUGGAAGACAUGAUCUCUCUUGCCUUGACUCCAGAUAUCCAUGUGUGGCAGUCAUUAGUAGAUGCAAUCUGUUGUGAAAAUAGUAUGAAUGAGGCUUCUUUCAAGACACUAGAGCAGCUACAGACACCUUAUCAUAGUCUAUAACUACAACACAAUUGCUGGAUUUCCCCCUUUUUCUUUUCUGAAUAUCUACCAGAUUGAUCAAUGGGAUGGGAAGUAACAGACUUGGGGUUGGAAUGAACUGAGGAAGGUAACAUGUUUUGUUAGAGGUAUAAAUGGCGUAGAAGAUAAUAAAUGUUGAAUAGUUUCAGAUGAGAGCAAAAACAAAGAGUUAUCAUUAAUAAUAGUUAUGUGUUUGUAUAGGUUUCUAUUGUUGUGUGUGUGUGUAAAAGUACACUAUUUUGUUGUACAUGACAAGUAUGAAGUGAGA